AUGGGGAGGCUGGAACACGAGCCAGUGAUCCAGCACGUCAGUCACACGCACCCGUUGGAGCUCUCCUGCGUCCAGAGGGCCCCGGCAUGCGCCUGCUGCGGGGUGCAGUCGGGGGGAUGGAACUACGCCUGCAAGGGGUGCGGCUUCUUCCUGCACAUCUCCUGCGCGAAGAUGCCCCGUCUGAUCGACCAUCCCUCGCACCCCAGCCACGCGCUGGUCCUCCUCCCCGCUCCGGCCUACCCGGAGGGCUCCUUCAACUGCGACGCCUGCGGCCGCAGCGGCAAGGGCUUCUCCUACCACUGUGCCCACUGCCAUGUCGACCUGCACGCGCUGUGCGCCACCAUGCCGCUCUCCGUUGCCCACCAGGCGCACCACCACCCGCUCACCCUCGGCUUCUCGCCGCCCUACGAGUGCCGCGGCUUCUCCUGCGACAUCUGCGGCCACAUCGGCUCCAACCACUGGCUCUACCGCUGCGCCCUCUGCGAGUUCGACGCCCACCUGAGCUGCGCCACCGCUAAUGCCGCUCCGCCCCAGCGGCCGGCCGCGGCCGGAGGUUAUCGUCCCCCCCAGCAACGGCCUCAGCAGGUAGCGGCGGUCGGCAUGGCGGCGCCGCCGCCGAGAGUCAACCCCGCCGCCGCCGGUCCCCCUCGGAUGGGCAACAACAUCGUGACUGCGAACGCUCUGGUGAGGGCGGCGGUGCAGGGGUUAGUGGGCGUCACCGUGGGGUUUCUUCCCUCCCAGCAGCGGCCUCAGCAGGUAGCGGCCGUCGGCAUGGUGGCGCCGCGGCCGAGAGUAAACCCCGCCGCCGCCGGUCCCCCUCCGAUGGGCAACAACAUCGUGACUGCGAACAAUCUGGUGGGGCCGGCUGUGCAGGGGUUCGUGGAGGGUUCGACGCCGCAGGUGGGGCAGACAUUUGCUCAGAGUGUUGCUGGCGACGCUGGGGCCGACAACGGCGGAUGGAGCGCCGACAACGGCGGAUGGAGCGCCGACGACGGUGGAUGGAGCGCCGACGACGGUGGAUGGAGCGCCGACGACGGCGGAUGGAGCGCCGACGGGGGAGGAGUGGACGCAGAAAGCGCAGAUGGGGGCCAUUAA